GUGUAAACAACAUGGUGGACACGUUGUGACUUGGGAUUAUCAAGCUCAGAAUUUACCAGGCUGUGAAAUUGCUGGCAUCUCAAUUCUGAAUUUGUGGUUGCCAUUUCCAACUCAAUUUUUAAAUUAUUGAUAGCUUUAUAAACGAACUAUGGCGAAUUCUAGUGCCAAGAAAUCAUCAGCGAAAGCGAAUGGAGAUGAUUCCAACAACGGUGGAAACUUGAUUUCUUUGCUAUCCAAAGCUGUGACACCAGAAUUUGCAUGGUCGGAUAAGGAUGAAUUCCUUGAUGUGAUUUACUGGAUGCGACAGAUUCUUGGUGUUGUCCUAGGACUGGCGUGGGGCAUCAUUCCUCUCAAGGGGUUUCUUGGGCUUGCAUUGUUCUUACUUGUGAAUGUUGCUGUGGUGUAUAUUUAUUACAAUACUUUUCAAAAAGUUGAUGAAGAGGAAUAUGGUGGAGCCACGGAAAUCCUGAAAGAGGGAUUGAUGACGUCUUUUUCCUCUUUUCUGGUUGCGUGGAUCAUUUUGUACUCUGCCCUCCACACCGAGUCCACAUUAUAGCCCCCUUCUGUCGGACUGACAGCUGAUUUGUCAGCAUCUUUCACGGAAGGGAGCCUUCAUAACUUAAUUGCAAAGGAUGAAACAGUUGGAGAGAGAGAAAGAACGAAUAAGAGAAGUUGAAUUGUGUUGUGUUAGUCUGUUUGUAUGAUUUGUUGACAUUUUAGGGGGCUCAAGUAGUACAUUGCUGUUUUUGUUUUCAAAAUAUUUUAAUUUCUUUCUCUUUCCACUCACAAAUCGUUGCUCAUAUAUCUAAAUAUACAUGUUUCAUUUAAAAAAAAAAAAAAUUUGAAUGAUAAUCCAGGUUUGCCAACCAUCCCGAAUUUCUGAGGACUUUCCCAGAUAUUGUAACCGGAAAUUUGAGAAAACAUAAAAUGCACUAGCUGAAACCAGUCCCACUUGAUGUAAUUGUGUUUGUUGGUACGUAAUUUGAUGUUAUAAUGCUGGAUGUCCCUGAUUGGGAUUUGAAAAAGUUGGCAAGCCUAGUAACCCCAAUGGCCUUUUUCACAAAACUGACAUCUGUUGCUCCCAUGCAAUGGUUGUAUAGAUGUUCUUGAGGAACUUUUUCAAGAACAGAAAUGUUAUUUUUACAGAAAAAAAAA